AUGGCGCCCACUAGCCGCAUCUACCUGACCCGCCACGCCCAAGCAGAGCACAAUGCCACGGGCGACUCGAGUAUUACCGAUGCCUUGCUGACCAAGCUCGGCGAGCAGCAAGCUGCGCGACUCCCGUCCCUCACCCCGGAGCUGCAGGAUGUGGCCGAGGUGAUUAUUUCGUCACCUUUGCGCCGUACGCUGCAGUCUGCGUCGCUUGGUUAUGCCGAUGCGAUUAAGCGCCUGGGCGGAGAUGGAAAGAUUGUAUGCCUGCCUCAGGCCCAAGAAUGCAAUGACGUUCCCUGUGAUACGGGCUCUCUGCGUGAGGUGCUCGAAGCGCAGCCGUACUUUUCCAAAUACGACUUGAGCCUGCUUACGCCGGACUGGACGAGCAAGCAGGGCUUCUACGCGGCACACAGUGACUCGCUCGAUGCUCGUGCCCAGUGGGUACGCCAGUACCUUCGCGAGCGCCCUGAACAGCACAUCGUGCUCGUGGCCCACGGUGACUUUCUUCGUCGCCUGACCAAGGAGCCCGAGUCAUACUGGGCCAAUGCCGAGGUGCGACUCUUCCAGUUUGAGCCCACUACUGUGCACACGGACGCCUGUCCGCUGGCGUAUGUUGCCAACAUUGCCGAGGGUGAUUGGUCAAAUGUACCUGCACCUGAGCCGGUGUCGAUGACGCACGACGCGCUUACAUCGAUGGAGCAGCGUGUUAAGCAAAUGCAAGCGUCGCUGGCGUCGCAGACCGACGUCCUCGCUGACCUGGACCGUCGACUUGAAGCGGCGGAGCGCAAGAAAGCCGAGCUGGAGCGACAGGACCAACUGUGA